CACAGACAACUGUCAAAUGUCAGAGAAAGUAAAAUUCUUUGUGAAGGGGUAGGACAUUCCAUAUUUUAAUCAAUUUAAUAAAGAAAUUAUUUCCCUUAGUGCAAUAUAAGUCGACAAUAUGGAUGACGACUUACCGACCGACUUCCAGGUCAUCGUGGUUGGGACAGGUAUGGUGGAGUCCAUUGUGGCCGCUGCAUGCAGUAGGAUACACAAGAAUGUCCUCCACCUGGACUCUAGUGACCACUAUGGUGGUCUCUGGGCUUCCUACAACUUUGAUGGCCUGCAGAAGUUCAUCAAGGAAGUCAACUCUGAUCCCGAAAAACAAGUUCAAGUUUACAACUUGAGGGAGCAGUGGUACAUUGAAAAGGAGUCUCCACCUGAAGAAGAAAAAGGCGAAGGUGAAGCAAAAGAAGAUGGUAAAACAGAACCAUCAAAGAAGAUUUGGAGCCAGGCCAGCUUUGCAGCGGAGUACAGGAAGUUCAACAUUGAUAUGACCCCAAAGUUGCUGUUCUCCCGCGGUCCGCUGGUGGAACUUCUGAUAUCAUCUAAUAUCGCUCGCUAUGCGGAGUUCCGCUGCGUGACGCGCGUGCUGACCUGGCUGGAUGACCACCUGGUGCCCGUGCCCUGCUCCCGGGCCGAUGUCUUCGCCACAGAAGCAGUCGGCAUCGUGGAGAAGCGUAUGCUCAUGAAGAUGCUCACUUCCAUUGUUGCUUACAAUGAAGAAGAAAUGAACAACGAGUUCAAAGAUUGGAACGACAAGACUUUCAAGGAAUAUCUAACCCACAAGGGUCUGACGCCGAACCUGAUCCAUUACGUGUUGUUUGCGAUCGCUGGUGGCACUGACGCUAUGCCUUGUCUCGAGGGCGUGAGGGAAUGCAAGAAGUUCCUCAUGAGCCUCGGUCGCUAUGGCAACACGCCUUUCCUCUGGCCCAUGUACGGCAGCGGGGAAUUGCCGCAGUGCUUCUGUAGAUUGUGCGCGGUGUUCGGUGGCGUGUACUGCCUCAACCGGCCCAUAGACUCGGUGGAGACGAAGACCGUGGAGGAGGGCAAGACCAAGGUCGUCAUCGAGAGCAAGUCCAAGACUCUCAACUGCGAACAUCUCGUCAUCGGGAUCAAUGAGUGCCCCAAGGACCUGGUAUCCCCGGAGCCGGCGGAGACGUGCGAUAUUUCGAAGGCGGUGUUCAUCACCAACGGCACCAUAAUGAAGAGCGAGAAGGAGCCGCUGACGCUGCUGCGGUUCCCCCCGCUGGUGGAGGGCGGCGGCGCCGUCACUGUGCUCGAGGUCGGCCCCGCCACCGGCUCCUGCCCCAAGGGACUCUGUAAGUCAAAUCAAUUCACCAAAACAGCGGAACAGAUCUUCAAGAAGAUCUGCCCUGGCGAGGAGUUCCUGCCGCGUGCGCCUGAUCCCGAGGAGAUCGUGUUCGAGGAUGACGUCACUCACGGCCCCGAAUUCCAGCGCGAGGAUGAAGACGCCGACGGCGAUGCUAAGGAGUAAUUGCAGUACCCUUAUGUAUAUCUCAGCAAUUUACAGCGUGUUACUAUGCUUAUGUGGCUCUUAUAUUAUAUACGCGUUGAUUGUAUGUACUGAAGCCAUUAUGUAAUUUGAAAAACCAUACAUGUCUUUUUAAUGUAUGAUGGUAUCAAACAUGAAAUGUUUAAUGGAUAUUUUAUUGUAGCACGCGUGUCAACAAGCAUUGAAAGUUGUAUAAUUUUUAUUAUAUUGAUUUAGCAACACGCUGAAACGUGCUGAUUAAUUGUAAGCUGUAAUCUCAAUAAGAUUUAUACGCUUUGGUCGCUUGACUCGUGCAUUCCGACUGGUGCGUUAUGACUUAGGAGUUAAUGACGCUCAUUAUUUAAUCACAUUAAUAUUUCAAUUAGUAACAAAUUCAAUUCACAGUUGAAGGUUUAAAACUUUUUUCGUGAUUUUUGUAGAUUUUUAAUCUGUGUAGUGUAACGGACUUGUCAGGUUGAACCGACGCGCUCAGGUUUAGUUGAGUACAGGCUAAGCUAUCUUGAUAUGUAUGGGCAAGAUUGACUUGUAGCAGUAUGCGGCAACUGACGUAUUUCACUCGAGUAUAAUCGAUUCUGAAUAGCAGAGACUGAAGUUUGAGGUUAGUAUUAUGGUGGACGACCAGUUGUAGAGGACUGAUGUUAUUGUAGGUAUUUCUUAUGCUACGCUAUGCUCUCUGAUCGCUCAUUUACGCAUUUAUCAAAUUACUCAAUUAAAUAAUUAAUCCGUAGUUGACAAUAGGGAGAUUUGUGCAAUUGUAAUAGAUUUUUUUUUUAUUAGCAUAGCUAGGACGCAGUUUUUAAAACGAUAAGCGUAAUUUUUUGGACGCACCAGUCUACAGCAUAGACAGUAGCACGUUUUUAUU